AUGAAAAAUAUAUACACAAGUGUCAAGAUCUCACUGGGUGUGCAGCAGGUAUUUGGAUACUUUCACAUUUACACCGUCAGAACUGAGGAGCUGAAAGAUUUCUGUAAUUUUGUUGAGGUUGAGCAUGCCACGCUUCUGGGGACUAGCAGAACACGCUGGCUUUCACUGGGGCCUGCUGUUGAGAGGGUCCUGAAGCUUUACCCAGCUCUUCAGUCCUACUUCAGGUCUCAAGAUAAGGCUCCUGAUUCUAUUCUAAAGUUUCUUGAAGACCAAGUGUGCGAGGCAUGGCUUCGGUUUAUUCAUAACCAACUGACACUUUUCAAUGACACCAUCAAACAACUGGAGAAGGAGAAGAGCUCUGCCAUCCAUUCUGCCCUGUACCUCUCCAGUCUUAAGGAAAAGCUUAUGGAGAGGAAGGCUGCACUCUUCAUGGGCUUAAAGGUGAAAAGUCUUCUGGUUGGCUUCCAAGAGCGCCAUCAAGUGGAUAUGUUCAAGAAAGGCGUCCAGAACUUCUAUGACUGCUGCAUCUCAUACCUCCAGGAGUGGGGCUCUCCAUUCACUGAGCUGAAGUGCCUCUCCUGGACACUGCUAGAGCAUGCACCAGAGUGGGAUGAGGUUGAGUGCUCCCUGAGCUCCACGUCCUGUGGUCGGAGUGGCAUUCGCUCCUUUGGAACCGAAGAAAGAACCUCCGAGUUUGUGAUGGCUCCAGCAAUCGACAGACGGCGAGUUUUGGCAGCAAUGCUAUUGCUCAGACGACUUCGAAGGAGAAGACAAUCCAUGUGGGUUCAUCCCUUGAACCAGCGCAGGCCUGAGUUUGGUUCAUACCACCACCUUGUGGCUGAACUCCAGCUGUAUCCAGACAGACACAGAGACUACUUCAGGAUGUCUGCAGAAAAGAUGGAGGAGCUGCUAUCCAAAGUCGGACCAGAAAUUCAACAUCAAGACACAAACUACAGGCUUUCCAUAGAGCCGAAACAAAGACUGGCAGUAACUAUAAGGUUUCUUGCAACUGGGGAGUCAUUCAGGAGCUUGGCCUUCCAAUACCGCCUGGGCAAAGCGACAGUGGCCAAUAUAGUUCACACAACUGUUCGUGCCAUCAAGCGAUGCAUGCUGUCCACCCAAUUCCCCCCAAUGACCGAGGGAACAUGGAAAGCCACUGCUGAGGUGUACAUGGGCCAAUGCCCUAUGUCGUUCUGGGUGAUGCUGCAUUCCCCCUAA